AUGUUUCCGCUUGCACCCGCUCUCGUCCUCGCUUUCAUCUCUUUUAUAGCUUCAGCAUUCACCAUUCUUCGCAUUGUUAUCCCAAUUCUACCUCCGCAUCCACUAAGCAAACGUGUUUCACCAGCCGAAUUUGGUUUGCCAACGUUCCGAUCGCUCUCAGCUGCAGACAAGUCCCAUCUCUGGUUGGCAAGUCUCGACGUCGUUGCCCUAGCUGUUUUUGUAUGGCAGAUUGUCGCAGAGUCGACAGGUGGACCGGCCGGACUCGCUCUUGCCACCGAUCCAGCCUCAGCGAUUAGGCUGUGGAUUGCCGUUACAAUUCGACAAACAUGCCUCCUUAUUGUCGUGUCUAUUACCCUCCUUCAUGUGCGCAUGGCGCAGUCCGUUUCCUUCGGUGGAAAGCACUGGAUGCUGUGGUGCCCUACAGCUCUCCUGGUCAUAACCUCGACCGCCGUCGCCGGAUUGUUGUCAGGAACUGGGAUGGAUACGCUAUUUGUCGGUUUGACAGCAUAUUCCGCCACCAUCGCCGUCUUGAGCGGCGUCGCAUUUGCCUGCCUCAUCCGCACCCUUUUCACCAUCAAGAAGAACCUGUCUCCUCUCAACGAGGCUUCAGAUUCGUGGCCACCUGUUCGUCAAGUAGAAGAGAAGCCACGACCCUCAUUCGCCACUGAAGACAUUGACGCUAUUCGUGAUGGCGCAUCCUGGCUCACCUCCAACCCAAGUUCUCGCAGGAAUUCAGCGUCUGCAUGGUCUUUUUCGACUCACAACACAGGAACCACGGCUCAGCAAUAUGGUCGUCCUCAAACACAAGGCCACCCAUCUGUUCCGUCGAAGUCUUCCUUCUGGUUUGGUUCCACGACCCCGAAUGACAUUCAAAUCCCUCCAGUUCCACCUCUUCCUUCGCCCUAUGGUCCAACUUCUCCAACGUCUGCUGGUCUCGCUGAAGUCGAUCCUUUCCGAAGAGACCUUCCUCCCCUCCCACAUCAACAAAAACCUCGCUACGGUUCGCAGACUUCAUGGUUGACGUCGUCUCACGGGUCCCACACAACCAUUUCCUCUUGGUCAUACCCUACGACACACCACGAAGGAUCCAUACUCUAUCCUAGCACUCCCGAUCUUCACACUGCCCUCACCGCCAACAAUUCACGUCUAGUUACCCCUGCACUUGCCAAUGCUCAAGUUCUUGGUGGCUAUGGUUAUGCUCCUGGAAACAUGGAGGCAGAGAAAGGGUUGGCUGCUUUAGCUACGCCAGCUGGUACAGUGGUUCAAAUUUCGAUGUUGCCUGCUUUGACUUGGUCAGUGAUGAUAUCGCUUCCUCUUGGUUUUGCACUUCCUUACCUUGUUAUUCUUUCACAGCACAACUUGCCAUCCACCGUUGUUCAAACUCUGUUCGUUUUGUCGAUAACACUUUCCUCCCCACUUUUAGUCCUUAACCUCCUUCUCGGCUCUCCGCUUCCCAUCCCGAUCGGUUUGUUCGAUGUCCGUGGUGAAUCUGACGAGACAAGUAACCUUCCUUUGCCAACUGGAAGCUUCCCACCUCGCAAGUUCUCUCAUGAGUACAAGCGCAGCACCAGUUGCAGUGUGACUGUUGUCGAAGGCCGCCGCAGCGGUGACGUUUGGCUCAGCAAGGGUGACGCCAUCGAUGGCAAGGGAAAGUUUGGCAGGGCCAUGAGCAUGUUGUCGGCGACUCCCAAGCUAUCUGUUCUUCCGCCUGAGGAAAAUGACGACGAAUUGGACAUGCCACCCAUCCCCUUCCAAAACGACGAUUCCUCUCUUCCUGUUCACAUCCACGGAACUCCUCAAUCUGAAAACAGCGUGCAGUUUGGAAGAAUGAGGCCAAAUUCAAAGACAAGUUCUCACAAUUCUGCUGCCGAUGAAAGCAUGGUAUUUGCUACGAAGAUCAUGAUCGCCCAGAGGCACUAUUCAGCACUUGCCCAGACGGUCGUCGUGUCAGGACAAUCAGCCAACGGUGCAAAUCGAGAGUCUUUGGGAGCCAGCACUUUGGUUAGUUCUGCGUCCGGUUCGAACAGCAAACGUGCCAGUCAUUCGUCCCAUCUUCGAUCCCGCUCUGUGACCUCCAUCAUCAACAACGGUCCUUCAACUCCGACCGAACGCGAAGGUUUCAACAUCAGUCCACCUCCUUCAUUUCCUCUUCCGCCCACGCCUCCGAACGUUCGGGCGGCUCGUCUUGCGAUGCUCGCGCACAAGAAGUCAUUCUCCUCUGGAUUUUCGCUCAAUGGUGUCGAUGACAUGAAUGAACUCAAUGAGAUUGAUGCGUUGACUGCCGGAGUUCUCCCUCUUCUCGUACCUGGUCUUACUGUUGGUAGUGAAAUGAAGAUCAAGGAUGGAGAUUAUUCGCCCCCUGGUACUUUCAGCAAGGGCAAGAAGGUCGCCAAGAAGCUUGCGGAGUUCGGCGCGGACUUUUCAUCUCCUGAAGUCCAUUCAACUCCCGCGAGACGGCGCAAUCCUCGAGCACGAAAGGAAUCCGGACACAAGAAGAACCACUUCAGUCUGCCGAGUUUGAGCCUCGGAAAGGAAAGCUUGCACUCUCUAACUGCAUGGGGUGCUGAAAUUCGAAAUGCUCUCGAAACCAGGGUUGGACAAUACACUGCCGUUCCCAGUCAUGUCGACCUGGGACGCAGGAACACUGUUUCUGGCACUGAAAAUUUGAUGAACGCUACCUCCGGCCUACAGUCUGUUGAAGAGGAAGAAGAUAAGCAGAGCCAACCUCCCGCAGGUUUGGCACGAAGCAUGUCCACUCGCUCGCUAGGUCUCCGCGCUGACGUACCUCACAACGUUGAUACCGCUCGGUCGUCGAUUGCUAGCAUUGCCAACAUGCCUCCUUCGGCUGCCUCCACGAUUACCUUGUUCGAAGAGUUCGAAGCCGGAUUGCAAUCAAGCACGAAUGCUGAGAGUACGCCCCAUAACACUGUUACGCAGAAGUCGACCACUCGCCACCCACCUCCCCCUAUGCCCGAACGGCCUCGCUCGAGCAUUCGCUACAUCAAAUCCGAUUAUAUCCAGAACGACCCCGUCACUUACCCCAUGGAAAACGUUAUGAAUGCCAACGAACCAUCCACCUCAGGGAUAUCCCCGAUCGCGUCCCGUUCUGUGCGGCCUCUAGUGCCCAAGGCAAGCAAGCUGCGACGUACAUCUUCUGGCUCAACCUCGCCUAAGGAGGGUGGUCUUCGCCAGCUGACACUACUGCAGGAUCGUGGCAAUGUUUUCAACAGCAACGCAAAUGCCAACGCGCCCAUAUCCCAGAUCCGCCCUUUGACUUUGGGCAAGAGGCAGAAGUCCCGCGUCGCUGCCCAACAGGAUGAAAACGCAAACCCCGGUGCCAGCCCCAGAGCUAGCAAGAAUAUCAAGGGUUUGACCCUUUCGCGAUCUGAGACCUCGAAGCAACGAGCCGUAUUGCGCCAAAAUGAAGUUCUUCCUGACGUCGUCGUCCGGCCUCCCUCGAUGACGGACCACACUGGCUUUGUCUAUAGUUUCCGUGACUGA